AUGCGUCGUGCAGAUAAAAUAAUGCAAUUAGUGAAGGAAAAUAAUCGAAAAGGUGAUCAUUUAGAUGUACGCCCUUCCACCAGUAACAGAGGUAGCCUUCACACUGAUGACAGCAAUGAUGAAACUGGCCUAGAAUGCUUUGAUUCAAAUGACUCGGUUGCAGACAAGGACUAUGUACCUGACUCGGAUACCAGUGAUGACACAGCGACUAAGAGAAAAUGGAAAGACGCACCUGUAAAUCUUGAAAUUAUUGAAACCAUAACAGAUGAAAUACAACAGAAAUCCGAUGAAGAGGGAGAUACAUCAAACGAAUCAGAAGAAGUGCCUCCAAAAAAGAAAAGAACAAGAUGGAAUAAAGCAAAACCGGAGACAUGGAAAAGAAACGUCGAAAAGAAAAAACGCAGUGAAGGACAACCCUACCUUAGUGCUCAAGGAAAACAACAAGCUCCAAAGGAACCAAAAAUGGUUGACUGUAGUAAAUGUAGACUCAAGUGCUCAGAAAACUUUCCUCAAGAAACUUUCUCUCACAAGACAACGAGAUUUUUUAUUGGAAAACAUUACCGUCCAAGAAAUCAAAACUCGAAGGCCCAGAAAAGAAAAUGCCAAGCAAAGACAUAAUUCAAAAAAAAAAUUUUUUUUUGAUAAAAAUGGCGUUAAAAAACAAUUAUGCCAAAUUUUUUUCUGCAAAAAGCUUUCUAUAUCGAAUAGCCCCAUAUUGUAUGCUUGUGGAAAUGAAGGAGACGGUGGUGAAUAUGAUAAGCAGAAAGACAAAAGAGGUAAACAUAGACCUGGAAGGUGCCGUUUUUGACAUAGUGGCUAUGACGGCAAAUGCCGCGGGUGUAAUUGAAUGUGUCAAUGUUUCCCUCAUAUUAUUUAGUUUUUUCAAAAAAAUACACAACAUACUCUGGUCCCAUUGAUUUUUUUAUGUGGGGCAAGAGUGUUGUCAACACUACAGGUAAAUUUGUAGUACCUACUGCACA